AAAAGUAAAAGGUCAAUAUAUCAAUUUAUGUACUUUGAACGGAACUCAGAAGCUACGAAAGGCUCUAAAAUUUGUUUAGACCCAUUCGGAUUGACUGAUAAUUAAAGGAAAUAAUCGCUUCAGGAUUAUGUCACAGGCUUGAUAAUACGGUUGAAGCCAAAGGAUCGACUAAUAAGAGGAUAAUUCUUUCAGUUAAUAGAGUUGCUGUGUCGUGGUGUUAGUUGAUCUGAAAUUGAGCUAAAGUGGGACAAAGGAUAUUCUCCUAAUAUCACAUUCAAGAAAAUGCAAUACACUUGCAAUGUGUGCGGCGAGUUAUUUCCCAAUCGCUUUUCGUUGGAUCGGCAUAAAAAGAAUUGUACGAAGUCGAAAAACGAGGACGAAAGCUCUCCAUUUGAGACACUCUUCAUGGGAGCAUUGGUAGUAGGCGGAAUUGUAUACACGGCAAGAAAAGUAUUCGAGGCAUUUGAAAAACGGAAUCAGUCAGAUACCGAUUCUGCCUCAACUUCGGGCAUUCCCGGGACAAGAUGCAGGGGUAUGAGGCAUCCGAGCAAACGGGAAUACAACCCACCCAGAUUGGGCGGUAUUGGUAUUAGGUCUGCAAAUGCCUGCAGUUCACAUGUCCGCAGUUCACAUGCCACUUGGGACAUCGACCCAUUCUUCGAGGAUGUUAAUGAGAGCAGAAUACGUGUGUUAGGCGAAGAAUGCGAUGCAGGUUUAGCCGAAGCACUUGAAACAGUGCCAAAUAUAGAUACCGUAGAUUUUCGCAGCUCUUUGAAACGCAAAGAUAUUAACAGAUAUAUUGCGAAAAAUUUACAACCUACCGAUGAAUUUAACGCAGAAAUGAAAAGAGCCAUUGCCAAAAUAUGCUUGUUCCUACACCAAGAAAUGAGGCCUGAUAAAAUUGUAAAGGGAGGAUCGCUAGGGAAAGGAACGGCUGUCAAAGGGAGAUGUGAUAUUGAUCUUGUCAUGGUUUUAAAUGAAGUGGAAGAUGCAGCGGAACUGAAGGAAAAUCUACCGACGAUUAUAAAUGACGUUAUAGGAAAGUUGAGACAAAAUAGAGCAAAACUCGCUAUAAUUCCUAACUCUCUAACCAACGCAAGAUUUUUAGUGAAAUUUUCAGUUCAGGGAGAACAUGGAAAAAUUGAUGUUGACCUCUUACCCACGUUUAAAGUUACAGAUCUGCAAAGUCUGUAUCGGAAAAUGAAAACUGACACGCACAACAAGGAGUAUUAUAGCGUGGCGUUAGCUGAACAGCAGGUGGACUUUUUUGAUGAUUGUCCAACCAAAGUAAAAAGUUUAAUUCGCCUUGUCAAAUACUGGAAAAAGAAAAUGGUCCCGGAUUUCUCGUCUGGUCGACGAAUCCCAAAUUCAUACCUUAUGGAAUUGAUUAUAAUUCAUCUUUGGGAGGAAAAUACGGAUAGAGAUGAAAGGUUUAAAACGUUGAAAGCGUUCCAUGGGGUCAUGAAAACUUUAAACGAAUAUCAAUCUCUAAACGUUAUUUGGACAGAGAAUUAUCGGAUAACCGACAUACCAUACCACGUUCGAUGCACACGGCCGUUGGUAAUGGACCCAGCUAAUCCAAUGAACAACGUGUGCGAGCCAUUCGUUUGGGAAGAAAUCAGCAUGGCAGCAAAAGAAGUCCUUGAAAGUCCUAUGAUGUAUGGCGUUUCCUCGGAAAGUUGGAUUUAAGAAACUCAGAUUUGCCGGCCAUCUUUUUGUUUUUCUCGCAUGAAUUACAUCUCAGGCUUAGUUUAUACGUCGCCUUUGGCGAGUCGAAUUACUUUACGUUGUGGGGUUUGAAAAUACGUUUUCACGUUACAGUAUUAUAAAAAGAUAAGAGCACGUGCACAAAUCGAAUUGAAAUUAAUUAGCCAGCAUUUUAUUAUAUAUCACAAGGUAUAUGUCACGAAAAAAACAGUCACGAAAGUCAACAAGUAAAUACGUAAGACAAGUUGGGCAACGACUUGUCGAUAUUUUAAGUGAUAAAAACAAAAAAAUCGCAUAUAUCCACGCAUCUUCCGCAUUUAAAAGCAUUUUUCUCUGCCAUCUCUUUGUAGGUUUUAUUUCCUUGCACAUUUCAAUAAGCAGAUAAGCAGAUUUCUGCAAUAAGCAGAUUUUCUUUCUUCGGGAAAAAUCCUCGCAAGUGGAAGCACUGCCAUACAUAGUAUGACAUGCAACAUGAUUGUGACAAAAACCGGUAACAUAUGUCAAA